AAUAUUCUUUAUGUUUCCGACCUUGAUUACAAAACCGAUGACAAUCCCUACGGGCACUCGUCUUCCGCCCACCUGAUCCGUCGUUCACCUUCUCUAAGGCAGCAAAAGACGCGCCCCGGAUUUCUGGGACGAAAAGAUCGGUCUCGGGGUGGCCGGGAUCUGCAAUCGGGAAAGCACCGACCAGUACCUUAAUUGUCCAAGUUCAGUUGGCUUGUCGUCGAUCUUAUUGAAUGACUCGUCAAUCCCGUUUUUCUGGUCCAGUUGCCGUCGAGGUUGAUGAAAGGGUCUAUACGCAGCGCCGACCAAAAAACAGCCCACCUAUGAACCAACCGAGGGGACCACAAGG